CUUGCUUGUAAAAGGUUUUCUUCACAUCACUUACUUUGUAUUGUCUCAGGAGAAAUUAUAACUAUGCCUGAAAAUAGCUGUCACGCUCCUACAGUUGUCACAUGCACAGCACCGGUUAACAUCGCUGUUAUCAAAUAUUGGGGUAAGAGAGAUGAAGAACUGAUUUUGCCAAUCAACUCCUCACUCAGUGUUACGUUACAUCAGGAUCAGCUCAAAACCACCACAACAGUUGCAUGCAGUAGAAAUUUUCAGGAGGAUCGCAUCUGGCUCAAUGGCAAAGAGGAGGACAUAAACCAACCUAGGCUGCAGUCCUGCCUUAGAGAAAUACGCAGAUUAGCACGGAAGAGACGGAGCAAUGAAGAUACCACUGGCGAUGUUGGCAUUUUGUCUCAGAAGGUUCACAUUUGCUCAGUCAACAACUUUCCCACAGCAGCUGGUCUUGCUUCCUCUGCAGCUGGCUAUGCGUGUCUGGUGUACACUCUUGCACAGUUGUUUGGAGUGGAGGGAGAGCUGUCAGGAGUGGCACGACAAGGUUCAGGUAGUGCCUGUAGGAGUAUGUAUGGAGGCUUUGUCCAGUGGAAGAUGGGGGAGAGGCCAGAUGGGAAAGACAGUCUGGCUGAGCAAGUGGAACCAGAGUCUCACUGGCCAGAACUCAGGGUCCUGGUCCUGGUGGUGAGUGCAGAGAGGAAGCCCGUUGGGAGCACCUCAGGGAUGCAGACAAGUGUGGAGACCAGCAGACUCCUGAAGCAUCGGGCAGACAGUGUUGUUCCUGAGCGGAUGGAGGAGAUGAUCAGUGCUAUCAGGAGGAGAGACUUCGCCGCCUUUGGCGAGCUGACCAUGAAGGAUAGUAAUCAAUUCCACGCAACCUGUCUUGACACACACCCCCCCAUUUUCUACCUCAAUGACGUGUCACGGCGAGUCAUUAAUCUGGUGCACCGCUACAACCGCCAUUAUGGAGAAACCAGAGUGGCAUAUACUUUUGAUGCAGGUCCAAAUGCAGUUAUCUAUACCCUGCAGGAUCAUGUGAAAGAAUUUGUCCAAGUGGUCCAUCAUUUCUUCCCCCCAGAAACAAAAGUGGGAGAAUUUCUGAAGGGUCUCUCUGUGGGCUCUACCUCCCUUCCCGAGGAGCUGAAGAAAGCAAUCGGGAUGGAGCCGAUGCCUAAAGGAAUCAACUAUAUCAUCAGCACUAAAGUUGGUCCUGGCCCAUGUGUGAUUGAGAAUCCAGGCCUUCAUCUGUUGGGUCCUGAUGGCAUGCCUAAGAAGAGUGCCUGAAGAUGAAGAAGUGGCACAUGACAUGAUUCUACUUCACAUGUAAAGGAACAGAACUUGUUAUAGAUUAAAUAAUAUAAUAAUUAAAUUCCAUGUUCAUUUUCAAGAUUGUUUGGAAGCAACUCAGAAAAGUUUCAUGGAAACAAAUAAUGCAAACUUUGAAAAGCUGUUUUAUAUAUGUAUUUCAAAAUGAUCUGCAUAUUGUCAUUUUAAACAACUGUAAAGAUUUCUGUCUUUGGUAAAGAUAACUUGUUGUCUCCUCUGCUUUCAGGGGUGCUUGUUUGGAAUUGCAGUAUGAUUUUGAGUGACACAAUACCUACAUUUUAUAGCCUUAUUAAAAUUUAUUUUAUCAGAUACUACUAAUUUUAGUCUCAUUAUUUUAUGGCCUAAAGAGGUUUUUCUGU